ACUCCGGACAAUCAAUCAACUGAGAGAAGUCUGUUUGUGGCACAUUUCGAGGAGGAGGGCCUGGGAUGUCAACCUGAAGCGAAUAAACCAGCUCACAGUAAUAGGAAAAGUGAUACACGAAGUUGGAGACGAGAUAGAGAAAAGAGAGAUGAUCAAGAUGAAGUAUCCAGUGUGAGAAGUGAGGGUGGUACCAUCCGAGGUUCCGCAAGAGGCCGAGGAAGAGGCCGGGGCCGGGGAAGAGGCCGAGGUCGAGGAAACCCUAGAUUGAACUUUGAUUAUUCCUAUGGUUAUCGAGAGCCAGGGGAAAGAACUGAUCAGCCCUUUCCCACAGAGCUUAACACCAGCAUGAUGUAUUACUACGAUGAUGGCACAGGGGUGCAGGUCUAUCCUGUGGAUGAAACACUGCUGAAAGAGUACAUUAAGCGCCAAAUUGAGUAUUACUUCAGUACAGAGAACUUGGAGCGGGACUUCUUUCUUCGCAGAAAGAUGGAUGAGCAGGGAUUCCUGCCCAUUUCCCUGAUUGCUGGUUUUCACCGUGUGCAAGCUCUCACCACAAACCUUAAUCUCAUCUUGGAGGCACUGAAGGAUAGCACAGAAGUAGAAAUUGUGGAUGAAAAAAUGAGGAAAAAGAUUGAACCAGUAAAUGUAUGUUUUUAA